AUGACGAAGCAGGUCUCCGCUUCGAAUGCAUUCGAUACUGUAUUGACGGCAGCACGUUCUGCAAAGAAGGAAUCACCGCAAACUGACUCGUCAGCUUUGCAAGAGAAACACCGUAGAAAGCCUCGUGCUGACAAACGCUCUAUCAAGCAGGAGCACACCCCUCUGGAUACGGUUUCGUCAUCUGAUUCCGCGGCUCCCUACUGUUUGGAAAGUGUACCGCGGAAUUCGAGCGAUGGCGCACCGGGUUUGCAGCCAAACGGUUUAUGUAAUGUUGCGUCCUGGAAGAACAUACAACCGCUUCGAACGUACGUGCACCAGGGCGCAGUCCACUGCCUUGUCAUGAGCCCGUCGGGGAGCGUGCUGCUCUCGGCGUCGACUCGUGGCUCACUCUGCCUCUGGGAUGCGCAAGUUGGCGACCACAUUCAGCUUCGGGAACUGCGCGAUACCCGAGAACAUGUCUUUAAUCGAUAUAUCGAAGAAUAUCUGACAGCUCGCUUUACCCCCGAUGAACGGUAUGUGGUCGCCGCCGGAACCCGACGAGAUCGCCACCUUUGGGACUUUGACGAGUCUGAUUGCAAGGUGGUGCCGCCUGCAAUCAAAAUAUUCGAUGUUGUGAGUGGCGAGGUCCUAGCCGACCUAGAGGGUCACCUAGAAGAAGUCUUCUGUGUCCAAAUAUAUCGCGAGUUGGGCGAUCAUGGACCCUGGAUGAUGAUGAGUUGCUCCCAGGACGGCACAGUCAUACUCUGGCGGUUUGCCGCCAACGGUACCGCUUUCAACACUGCCACCAAAGAGCGUGUCAUUUCGCUGGAAGCACUGGACGUCGAGCAGCUUGAUCCAAACUAUGUCUCUGGUAUCUCUUUGAGCGAGCCGACUGCACGAGAUGCGAUUCAAGCGCUGGCACGCCAAGUAGGUGUCGCGCCCAACGAGUUGAAUGGCGAGUCCUACAUCGCCACCUGGUGUGCGUUGCUGCCGGCUACCGCUGCGCGCUAUGCGUUGGUAUCCGUCGACACUGGACUGUGUGUACUCGACCUGAAAGCCGGUCGGGUGAUUGCCAAGUUCCCAGCCCUAUUCACGGCGAUUUGCGAUUCCUUUCUCGUGCUGGAUGACGUCGACGAGGCUGGUACGCGUUACUUUUCGCUAGCGGUCCAUGGCGUAGAAGCGCUCUCCGGCGACGGGCGCAAUGCCGAACAGAUUCGCCCCGAUCGAUGUUUGCUCUGUCGUCUGUACGUUCCAAUGAAAGACGGUGAUCAGUGGCGUCUGAUCACGGAGCAAGAGCUCAGUCAUUCAACGAAAUACGUUUCCAAUGUCUGGCCCUCUCGAAUCAGUGCAGCUGCGGGGCAAUGGGUUGCAGCGGGAACAGAGCACGGCACGGUUUGUGUUUGGGAUCUCACAAACCGUGGCCAACAUCUGCUGACCCUCGUGGGCUCGCACGACAAUCAAAGCUGUGUGCGGGACCUUAUCGUUCAUCCAACACGGCCAUGGCUCUAUAGCGCUGCUGAUGACGGUACCAUUCAGGUUUGGGCGGUGCCUUCUCCGGCGGACGCCGGGGACCCGCAUGCGCCUACCUCGAAUGGCAUGUGUGGAAGCAUAUAG